CAAAAAAAAAUCAAUUUCUGUUUCCCUUUUCCUUUCUCACGCACGUAACCGUUAUCGAGACCGCCACCCUCGUUCGCGCCGUUGUCGACAACAUCCGCUGCCGGUGGGUUCGUUUUUCUCUCCUUCUGAUCUCGCUCGUCGAAGCCAAAUGCCACACCACUACUGACCACUGGGAGUGUCUGAUGUGUUGCCGCUGUCGGAUUGACAACCGCCACGGUCGCCACCGCCUGUGCCACCCUAUCCGCUGCCUCAGAUACUUUCCUGUAAUCAGCUUCCAAACAAUUGCCGAAUCGAUUCUGGCCAUCGUUGAGACCAGCCCACUUUCUGUUUUGGGGAUUUCGACACACUCUUUUCUUAGAUUGUUUGGGAACUUUUGAAUGGAUGCGAAUAAUUGGAGACCUACUCAAGGUGCAGAACCCGGAAUUGAGGCCGGGGACUGGAGGUCUCAAUUGCAGCCCGAUUCUCGACAACGAAUUGUCAACAAAAUAAUGGAGACACUGAAGAGGCACCUUCCUGUUUCUGGUCAAGAGGGAUUGAGUGAGCUACGAAAGAUUGCUGUAAGGUUUGAGGAAAAGAUUUAUACUGCUGCUACGAGUCAGUCAGAUUACCUAAGGAAAAUAUCUCUGAAGAUGCUUACUAUGGAAACCAAAUCUCAGCCCCAUAUGGGAACUUCAUUACCAUCCAAUCCUAUGGUGCCUAGCAAUAAGCCUCUGGAUUCUGCAUCACAAAGCAUGCAGUCUCAAGUUCUUAACCCAGGGCAGUCAGUUUCUGUUCCUCAGUCAUCCAAUCAGCCUCAGUCACGCCAGCAAAUACUCUCCCAGAAUAUCCAAAAUAACAUUGUUUCUCAGAGUUCAUCUAGCUUAUCUUCUGCAGUACCUCCUGUCGCCGGAUUAGCUUCAUCUUCAAUGUCAAACAUGGUUGGUCAGAAUCCAAGCAUGCAAAAUGUAUCUGGAGUUCCACAGAAUUCUGUUGGAAAUGCUAUGGGCCAAGGGGUUCCUUCCAACGUAUUUACCAACUCUCAGAGGCCACUACAAGGAAGACAAGUAGUUCCCCAACAACAACAACAACAGCAGCCACAAACCCAGCAGCAGCAACAGCUUCUAUAUCAGCAACAACAGAUGCAACAGAUGAUAAAGCAGAAGUAUCAGCAGGGAGGUAUAUCACACCCACUUAUGCAGCCUCACAUCCCACAACAGCAACAAAAUCUAAUACAACCAAAUCAACUGCAAUUGUCUCAGCAAUCUGUCAUGCAACCUUCUAUGAUGCAACCUUCGCUCUCUAAUCUUCAGCAAAACCAGCAAUCUCCCAUUCAACAGCCCACUCAAUCCAUGCUUCAGCAGCCUCCACAGCCAGUUCUUAGGCAGCAACCACAGUCCCAACAACAUACUGUCAUGCAUCAGCAGCCUACAAUAUCACAGCAGACGAGCUUGCCUUCACAGCAGCAGCAACAGCUAAUUAGUCAACAAACAAAUUCUUCAAACAUGCAGCAGAGUUCAUUAAUCGGGCAGCAAAACAGUGUUGGGGACAUGCAGCAACAGCUGCCUCAACAAUCAAGGUCGCACGGGCAGCAGAGCAAUCUGUCAAACAUGCAGUCUUCGCCAUCGCAGCAGCAGCAGCUCAUGGCUCAGCAAAGCAACCUAUCAAAUUUGCAGCAGCAGCAGUUAGGACCUCAAAGUAAUGUUUCUGGACUACAGCAGCAAAUGCAUGGAACUCAGUCGGGUAACUCAAACAUGCAAUCAAAUCAGCACUCCAUGCAUAUGCUGCAACAGAACAAGGUUCAAAUGCAGCAGCAACCUGCACAAAAUACAUCAAAUUUAUUGUCAACGCAAGGUCAGCAAGGACAACUUCAGUCAUCCCAACAGCUGAUGUCACAGAUUCCAUUGCAGUCCACACAAGUUCCACAACAGGUACCUUUACAGCAGCAGCAGCAGCCGCCGCCGCCAAAUGCAAUGUCGCACGAGCUCCAACAAAGGCUUCAAGUUGGAGGUCAAGCACCAGGCUCCUUGCUUCAAUCACAAAAUGUAAUGGAUCAGCAAAAGCAGUUGUUUCAUUCACAAAGAGCUCUUCCAGAGACAUCGUCAAGUAUGUUUUCUUGCUUUGUUAUAUUUUUAGAGCCUUAUCAUUAAUUAUUGAAUGAUCAAACCAGUAAGAUACUAUCAACGUUAGCUAAAUGCUACUGACCUUGUUGAAAACAUGAGGUGUCUGAAAUGAGAAAUGGGAAAAACCAGGAGGGAAAGAACAGUCGCAUAGACUCGAUUUUUGAGAGGUGGAGCCAUGGAGUUUCUUGAAAAUUAAAUGAAAAUAAUGAGUUUUUACACAAUUCGUUAUUUUAAUGUCCCUUGAUUUUGUUCUUGAAGCUUCACUUUUUGGAAUUUUUUAUCAAUGAAAUUUCUCUCAAUUUUAUUCUUGAGAUUAAUGCAUGCUUCAACUUUCUUAAAUUUCAUGGUGAAGUUAUUCAUGUAGUAUUUGUGGUCAGUGUGUAAUUUGGUUUUUCGUCAAGUUUAUAGAGCUCCUAUUAUAAUGAGUAUGAGUGAAAUUUGUAUAGUUUGUUGUUUCUUUGGGUUUUUAUGCCAAAAUUUUGCUAACAAUAGAGCCUUGCAUUUUGAAUUUUUGAUGCUAACAAUAUCAUUCUUUGUCCCAUUCUUUAUCAUAAAUGUGGAUUGCAGCAUACCUCUUUAUAUUAUAUUC